AUGGCUGGUGGACGCAAAUACAGACCGGCACAGAUCCAGUUUGCGCUUGAAUGUAUUCUGGCCGGUUUCUCGAAUAAAGAAGCCAUCGCGCUCUUCAAAAACCGCUUCGGAACCCAAGAUUGGGGUUUAGCCCAGUUGAAGUACAUGAGGGUCACAUACGGCGACCACCCAGACUUCGGUUGCUGCCUAGUAAACCGAACAAAGAUGACCGAACCCGAAAAGGCGGCUCUUCGGUCUCGGCUGGUCGUAGAAGCGAGGAAGGGACCCGGGACAGGGCAAGCCGACGAUAUUUCGGAGUGGACGUCUCCGAAAGGCACGAGGCAUCAAAGCCUUGCUAGUCAUCGGAGCGCUGGCUCGGCAUCGGAACCUUCGAUUUUAGCACCUCAUAACGGGCAGGUAGAUGCCUCACGGUUCUCGAAUGGCUCGCUAGUGACUCCGAAUUCGAUGGGCUACGAUCUUUCGCCGAUGCAAACACUUCAGCCACUUCCUACUCCUACUCCCAAUUCUGCAGAACAAACGGCUACAUCAAUGCAUGAUAGCACCAAUAUGACUAUUCCUAGUAUCGAAAGCGACUUCGACUUCUCAGCUUUUUUAGUAGACACGGAAGCCGACAAAGCUGAGCUGGACAGCGGCAUGAUUGACCCAGUAUUGUCCUCAAUGGAUCUCAACUUUGACAUGCAGAAUGGCGAAAACGUAUUCCAGAUGAGCGGAGACACCUCACUCGAUCAUUUCGACUUCUCGCUACCUAAUUAUGGGCAAAGAAAUGAGCCAAGCGAUACUAAUACGAUGGGUCCGACUCACAGAAUGCAAGAACAAGUCUCCUGCUACGAGAGACCCGAGAUGGGAGGAUUCGAGGCCCCCACCAUUGAGAAGGCUACGGCAGAAACCUAUCACCGCGAGCCACAAGCGCAAGCGCAAGAGGUGCCAUCAAUCGAAAUGCCCGGAUUCGAAUACAUGCACGAGAAUCCAGUUACCUCGGUUCCGGUGGCACCAAUGGCUGAAAUACCAGGAAGUCAACAUAAUGACAACCAUCACCAAGUCGACCACCAAAUACCAGAGCCUCAUGUGCCGGUACAAUCAUCAAUACUAGACCGCGGCAUGGUUGAGAACCAGUCCAGUGAACCACCAGCUGUACCACAAGGCUGCACGGACGCAGCAAGAUCAGGUUGGGAUGCCCUCGGCUGGUGGUACAAGGGGAAACAUGAUCGUUGCCCUCUGCCAAUUACGCACCGUCACGACACCAACGGCCAGGUGUCGUUUGCUGGUAUGGGAGAUGUUCUAAAGAUGGUGAAUGAGGUCAUGAGUCUAGCUAGACAGGGUCAUUGA